UGUUUCUAUUUUCUGAUAUUUCAAUUUUUGUUUAGAAAACUGUGUGUAAAUUUAUUGCACUAUGAACCGUGAAAUUCCUGGGUUUUACUUUGAUACUGUAAAAAAAAAGUAUUUUAAAAUUACAAAAGACUUUAAGAAACCAAAACCUUCUCCUGAAAAGCGAUUGUCUUUCAAGCGUGGUUGUACCUUGUUUGAUAAACUGCAGCUUCGUUCUGUUUUUCUAAAUCAGAGAAAUUCUGUUUUAAAAGCGAGUCAAUUGCAUCUCUUUAACCAAAUCUGCAUGGGUGAUUGGAAAAAUGCUAAAUGCAUUCCAUUGGAAUUUUCUUCUUCACUAUUAACAGCUAAAAAAGUAUCUGUUUGUCCAUUUGGGCAGAUAGUUGUGAUUUUUUCAAGACAAGAUAAAGAUGAAUGUCUAAAUAUUAUUGAUGCAAGUUGUAGAAAUAACUCUUUAGUUCAUUUUUCAUUAAAAGAUGUUUUUAGUCUUGGCAAUUUUCAAGGACAAUGUUUGGCUUGGUCUCCUUUUCAAGAAGGCCAUUUUGUAUAUUCUGGUGUUGGAACCUUCUCACAGAAUUCUUUUGUAAACCUCUGCAAGCCUUUAAGUAACACCCAUAUUACUUUGUAUCAAGAUUUUAAAAAUAUAGGUUACAGUUCUGUUGGUUGGAGUAGCUAUGAUCAAUCAGUUAUAGGUGUUGGAGCACACAAUUCCACUAUAUAUCUUCAUGAUAUUGUCAAAAGAAACUUCAUCAGUACAUAUAAAGUAAACAGUUCUAUUCAAGCGAUUCAUUUCAGUAAAAAGUUACCAUGUUUUUUUACAGGAUGUCAAUGUGGAUUUUUAUAUCAAAUUGACUAUCGGUCAAAAAAUAAAAUUUGUGUACUUGACAAUAGUUCACAACUGUGCUGCAUAGAUUCUAUAAAACUUCUUAAUGACGAAAACUACAUAAUUCUGAGUGAUCUAGGUGGAAAGUUGAUAAAAACUGAUAUAAGAAUGAAACGAUGCGUAACGGAGUACAUAGGACAUAUCAAUAAUUAUUAUCCAUUAGAUUUUUUUAUUGACAGCUAUGAAAAAUUUGUUUUUACAAUUGGUUCUGAUUCUUAUAUUCGUGUUUGGGAUAUAAAAUCAAGUCAACUUGAAAUUAGUGUAUGUGUUCAGGGAACUAGUAAAAAUUUAGAAAAACCUUGUAUUUCUUAUUCACCAAAUUUAUGUAAAAAUUAUGAUUAUGGAGCCUUGUUAUGUUGUUUUGAAAACAAGUUUCAAAUUUGGCCAUUAGUAUGAGUGAACUUUUUCAGCAUGCAGAAUUAAUUUUAAAAUGUCUGUAUCUACUUAUGGAGUUUCUGUUGUUGAAGCCACGAUAUUACCACCAGGGCUUAUUGCAGCAGCUGUAUCUAAGAAAACAAAACAGUUGUCUGCGGUGUUUGGCCUUCAUUUUGAAAUAAUUGUUCCAUCAUACUACCUUGGCAUAGAUCAAAAUUGUUGUGACAUUGUAGCUGACUUAAUUAUUUAUCUGCUUUUUAUGGAAAUAUGAUGGUUCAGUUAUAAACACAACAUUUGAUGCUGAUGUGUCAAACAUGGGUCAUGUGGCAGCUUUAUGUGUCACAAUCAAUUGGGUAGAGCUUUUCUAUGAUGUGAUUGUUGCUGUUAUUUGGGUGUUAUAUUAUCACAUGUGUUAAAAGACCUCCAGAAGAGGUCUUUUAACACAUGUGAUAAUUUAACACCCAAAUAACAGCAACAAUCAUAUCAUAGAAAAAAAAAAUGAAAAAAUAGAGAGACUUCCUUGUAUAUCACAUUUGAAUGUCCUGGCGCAUUUCACACAAGGGCAAAGUUAAUUUACUUAAAUUUACUGUUAUUGAUAUUUUGCAAUACCAGGAAACUUGCACCUUAGAAUGAUCUUAUGUUUUACCAGUUAAUGUUAAGAGUAUGCGGAUAUCAAACCACAACAAAUCUGUAAUUAAAGCAUUCAAAAAUCAACUCAGGUACUUUGGUGACAUAGAUGAUACCUCUUACUCAAUGGAAUGUUCAAGCAAAUGAUCAUUGUGUUCUUGCUGACAGAUUUAUUUAAGUGAAGUCAAAUAGUGUGUUGCUGUUGGUUUUCUUACACCACAGAGUUGUAAGCCACAAGUUUUAGGAAGAUUUCUGACAGAUGCAAUAACAAUAUCACCAAUACUAGAAUAUGUUGUUGUUGUUAAUUAGACUAUUAGAUUAGAGUUUUUGAUGCAUGUUUUCACUGAUUGGGUGAAUCAUCAUUAAAUAGAUAUAUUAUCAACUUAAAUGAAAUCUAUUAAUGUUGUCAAUGAUUACGCAGAGAAGGAUGUUAAAACGAGUUCAGACUUUUGGUACCUUAACAAGUUGAUGAAAUGACUAAUAUUUGCUGCUAUUCCUUAAAACAAUAUUUAGUAUUUUUUAUGAUUAUCUAUUUUGUAUGCAAUAUUGUAAACUGAUGAUAUUGCUAAAAAAAUAAUAUCUACAAGCUA